ACCGUAUUUUUAUAAACCGAAAACCAAACCAAACCACUAAAAUGAAGUUUGGCCCGAUUUGAUUACGGUUCAGACUAAACUGCGUACAACCCUACUAACGAGUAUCCGGUACCCUAACCGUAUCGACUAAUCGAGAUACUCAUAUACCCAAAUCCGGUUCGGGUCCCAUAGUCUUUUCCUCAACCCUCAUCCCUAGAAAGCGGAAACCAAAACUUUCCCGCUAUUUUUACCCUUUUCCAAUCUCUUGAGACGACUCUUGGCGCCAAACUCCAUUUACCAUUUUCUUCUCCACCACACUACGCAGCACACACCAGUAGAGAGAGAAAGUUAGAGAGAGAAAGAGUAGGAAAACCAUGGAAAUCAUGAGACCUCAGAAGAAAACUUCCACCGACGACGUCGCCGUCGUUUCCACCAUCCCUCUCUACCGCACUCCUCCUGUACUCGAAGUUCGCCUUGAAGAUUUCGAACUCUUCGCCAUUGAUCGUCUCCGAGUGCUGAAAGGAAUUUCCGACGAACUUUAUCGCGGAAAAAAGCCUGAUGAAAUUGAAGAGCCGGUGAAGAAUUUGUUGAAAACACACAUGGGACAUCCACAAGCUUCCGAGACAAUUAACAAGGACAUCAUCUCUCACUUUGUAAUCCGUCUAGUCUAUUGUAGAUCGGAGGAAUUAAGAAAGUGGUUCUUGUCAAUGGAAACAACUCUAUUUCGUUACCGAUAUAAGCUUGCGAGCUUCGAUGAUCAGAAAGCGAUACUAGCGGAGUUUGAUCUUCCCUACAAAGCAGUUAGCAAUGCAGAACUCGAGAGUAUGAAGGAGAAGCUAACACAAGUUGCACGAUCCCUUGGGCAGCCUUUGACCAGCGCCGAUACCGUAUUUUACAAGGUACCAUUUGAAGAAGUUCCUGAACUUGUGGCUGGACGCAGAGUGUACAUCCAUAAAGGGCAUGCCUAUGUUGCUAUGAAUCAGGUUGUUUCUCUUGUUGUCACACAAUUUCGCAGCAAUCUAUCAAAAGACCUUAUACUUGCAAAUAGAAAAUGGACCUCUAUGAUCAGCGAAAAGGAGAAGAAUAGGUUGACUCCGAUUGUUGAAUCUCUCAGCACAAGCUACCUUGGUCCUGACUAUUCUGAGGCAAAGAAGUUUGCAGAGAUAUCACUGAAAGACAUUGAUCAAGUAGCAAAUAGUUCAUUUCCCCUCUGCAUGCGCCACCUAUUUGAAAAGCUAAGGGAAGACCAUCACCUUAAGUAUGGAGGCAGGAUGCAAUUAGGUCUAUUUCUCAAGGGUGUAGGAUUAACGUUGGAUGAUGCUCUUGUCUUUUGGAAAUCUGAGUUCUCCAAGAAGGUUGGUGCUGAGAGAUUUGACAAAGAGUAUGCUUACAGCAUUCGCCACAGCUAUGGAAAAGAAGGCAAGAGAGUGGAUUAUACACCUUACUCUUGUCAGAAGGUCAUCUCAAGCACUCCUGGUGUUGGAGAUCACCAUGGUUGUCCUUAUCGGCAUUUCAGCGAGGACAACCUUAGAGCCGCACUUAGUAAAAUGGGAGUGAGUAGUCGGGCAAUGACUGAUGUUAUGGACAAAGUCCAAAACAAACACUACCAGAUAGCUUGCACCUUAACAUUUGAAGCUAUUCACGGUUCGUCCUGUGAUGCUGGAAUCAACCAUCCAAACCAGUACUUCAGUGAAAGCCAAAAGAUUUUGCAAUCAAAGAACAAUUCUUCUGUAUGAAGAUCCUUAUAUUUAGGGCUUUGGCGUCAAGAUUGACCUUUGUUAUUGCUUUUUCCUUCAGGUGAGCAUAUUGGUCUGCUGGAAUCAUGCUUUUCGACGUGGUCCUGACGACAUCUUCUGUCUUGUAUUUUUGGUAAGUUUACGUGUGCGAAGCAAGGGAAAUGCCUUCACUGAGUUAUGUACUUAAUAUAGUUUAUCGAAGGAUUAUAAUAUGCAAAAGGCAAUGAGAAUGACGGCACUUAAUCAGUGCCUUUAGGAUGUAAAAUAUUAGUAUCAGUUAUAAUUAUAUACCAACUUUAAUGUCCAUAAUCAUCUUUUCCAUUUGUUUUAUGUGAAUUUUGAAAGUUCCCCUAAGACUGGAGGAAUUUUUUUUGCUUUCUUUUUUUCAUUUUUAUAUAAUUAGUUCCAUGCUCUACAAACACGACUACAGAAGGAUGCAAACAGUGCUGCAUUGCCCCUUCGUCAACAUGUAAGUUGUUGAUUCGCUUAUUGUCUAACUAAUGCUGUUUUUUUUAUACAAGUAAUUCCUUUUCUGUAUGAUCCUGUAUUUAAGCUGCUGCAGCUCAGUUUUCGUAUCACUUUGCGAACCUUUAUUUUGAGACUUCAUGUGCAUUACAUUAUGUGAUAUGGCCUUUUAAGUUCCAUUUUUUUUAACCAGCAUGCGGGCAAAAAG